AUGUUACUGAAAUUAUGUUCCCUGUUGGCCUUCGUAUCUUUGUCAUAUCAAGAUUGUGGUAAGUAUUUUUAUUGAAAAAAACGAGUAACAAUUUUUUCCAAAAAGGUUGCUCGAGUAGUAAUUCAACCUGCUCUUCUUCUUCCUCAUCAUCGGGUUUGGACAGUUUGGAUGAUUUGGAUUAUCAGAUGAGUAGCACUCCGGGAUAUGUUGAUGCUUGUCCAUAUGGUUGGAAACUUUUCAAUCGUUCGAAAGGAGCUUGGUGUAUUCGGGUGAGUGUUUAUCUAGUUUUAUUUCAACAGAAACUAAAUUCCAGACUUUUUCUGGGGUCAUAAAUGAAACAGCUGCUGAAACGCGUUGCGCCAAACGUGGUGCAGUUUUGACAAGUUUCGAAACAGCUGCUGAACGUUAUUAUGUUUUUGGUGAUUUUGUCGAAAAAUUUCAGACAUGCUAAAGUUAAAAUCUUCAGAUCAAGGUAUCAACCAAAUGUGGGAUAAGUAUAACCAAACAAGUGGGAUGAUUUGGAUUGGUAUGAAAAGAAAACCUGAGUGUUCAACAGCUGAUUAUGCCUCACUUACAGGGUGUACUGGCGUGAGUAUAGUUUUUUCGUACACAUUUAGAAAAUGUCAAUUCAGGCGAACGCUUAUUAUUGGACUGAUGGUUUCACAACUGGUACAGCUGGAACCUACUGGGCUACUUAUCAACCGGAUUUCAAAUCGUGAGAAAUGAGUUUAGAAUAUACUUUCUGUUCAGGUAGUUUUUUCAGUAAUGUUCAAACAUGUGUCGCUAUGUAUUUAUUAAUUGGAGUAUCGCCAACUGGAGAUGUUCGUUAUCCUGGAAGUUUUGAUGACGUAGUGUAAGUUUCAUUUUCUUGAUAAAUUUUUAAUAUAACUAUUUCAGUUGUGAUGUUUCCAUUCAAGCAUCUUUGUAUCAAUCAAUUCGUGGAUAUGCUUGUGGAAAGAAGGCAGAUCUUAUCUCUUUAUCUUCUUCAUCUUGA